AUUGGUGUCUAGGAUUUCAUUAAACAACGAACACCAUGAUUAUCUCUCUCUCUCUCUCUGUAUGUGUGUGUUUCUCAUCUUUAAACUUUAAGUCAUAAAUAGUGAGACAUGCGUCAGAACAGAAGAGUCAUCACACGCGCAUUCAAAGCACGGGCAAGUUUGAAACAAAUGAGCCGGAGUACGCCGAGCAGCACGACGCCUUACUGAUUGGCUGGAAAAAAUGGAGUCAGAUGACGUCAGAUUUCCGGGUUUUGGUAAGACGUUGAGAGGUAACUCUCGGUCAUUCUGGUGAACUGACCCGGCUCUGAGGCUACUGCUGCUGUUGUAGCCAACUGAAGGUGACAUUUUUAAAAAAAAAAAAAAAAAGAAGGAAGUGAGUCUCUGCAUCUGUACAACCACCGGACUCGUUAAGUAGCAGCGUAUUAAAGUAACCUCACUCAGCCUUGACCAUCUCAGUCUCGAUAUCUACAUGACUAUGAAAAUCACCCUUAGCAAUGUCCUCCUGCUCCCAGUCCACAUGCUGGUAUGGCUGUACUCAAUGCUGAGCUUCUUACCAUGGUACUUCCUAACGGGAGCCCAGAAGAAGAGUGCCCUGGCCAAGCGGCUCAAGGCCAAAUCCACCAAAGGUCAAAUAGAGGGUCCAUAUCGCUCCGUGGACCGUUUUGACUCCCUGGCCCUGAUGGACUUCCCCGGAAAAGACACACUGGACAAACUGUUCGAUCAUGCGGUGCAGCGCUUUAGUAGGUUGCAGUGUCUGGGAACACGAACAGUUCUGAGUGAAGAGAAUGAAACCCAGCCUGGUGGCAAGGUCUUCAAAAAGCUGAUCUUGGGGGAUUACAAGUGGAUGACGUAUCAGGAGCUGGAUGUUGAAGUUAGUCUCUUGGGCAGUGGCUUGGCAGCAUUGGGCCAACAGCCAAGACACACCAUCGCUAUAUUCUGUGAGACCCGUGCUGAGUGGAUGAUCACAGCUCAGUCCUGCUUCAGACACAAUUUCCCAUUGGUCACAUUUUAUGCAACUCUUGGAGAAGACGCCGUGGCUUUUGGACUAAAUGAGUGCGGUGUGACUCACUUGGUCACUAGUAUGGAGCUUCUGGAAACCAAAUUAAAGAGUGUCCUUCCUCAAAUCCCCAAACUGAGGCAUAUCAUUUACGUGGACAACAAGAGCCUCAGCACCGUCGGCUAUCCAGAGAACAUCCAGAUUCACAGCAUGCAGUCUGUAAAGGAGCUGGGAGCAAAGCCUGAAAACUUGAACAGGGAGGUAGUCAGACCCGUCCCCUCAGACCUGGCUGUGGUCAUGUACACCAGUGGCUCCACAGGACGACCCAAAGGAGUUGUGAUUGUCCAUAGCAAUCUCAUUUCAGGCAUGACCGGCCAGUGUGAGAGGAUCCCUGGCCUAGGCCCCAUGGACACGUACAUCGCUUAUUUGCCCCUGGCCCAUGUUCUGGAGAUGACUGCGGAGAUCUCGUGUGUAGCGUACGGCUGCAGGAUCGGUUACUCCUCCCCGCAGACACUAUCUGAUCAGUCUACAAAAAUUAAAAAGGGAAGUAAGGGUGACUGCACUGUCCUGAAGCCAACACUGAUGGCAGCUGUACCAGAAAUAAUGGACCGCAUCAAGAAAAAUGUCAUGAGCAAAGUGCAGGAGAUGAGUGUUGUGCAGAAGACCAUGUUUAAUCUGGCCUACAACUACAAGCUGAAGCAGAUCGAGAAUGGCUACGAUGCUCCCCUUUGCAACAUACUGUUUAAGAAGGUGAGGGCUCUUUUGGGAGGAAACGUGCGAAUGAUGCUAUCAGGAGGAGCUCCUCUUUCCUCUUCCACACAGCGCUUCAUGAACAUUUGUUUCUGCUGCCCUGUGGGUCAGGGUUAUGGCCUCACCGAGACCUGUGGAGCAGGCACCAUCACUGAGGUGACGGAUUACACCACAGGGAGAGUCGGGGCACCGCUCAUUUGUUGUGAAGUUAAAGUCCGAGACUGGGUAGAAGGUGGCUAUACAAAGCUGGACAGGCCUCAUCCACGAGGAGAGAUUCUAAUCGGUGGCCCAAAUGUGACCAUGGGCUACUACGGGCGUGACAACACCAUCAGUGAGGAAUUCUUUGUGGAUGAGAAUGGACAGUGUUGGUUCUGCACUGGAGAUAUAGGAGAGAUUCAUCCUGAUGGCUGUCUGCAGAUUGUGGAUCGGAAGAAGGACCUUGUGAAACUGCAGGCUGGAGAAUAUGUGUCUUUGGGCAAAGUUGAGUCAGCUCUGAAGAACUGCACCCUCAUAGACAACAUCUGCGCAUAUGCCAACAGUGACCAGAACUAUGUGAUCAGCUUUGUCGUACCUAACCAGAAGAAUCUGACGGCUCUGGCUCAUCAGAAGGGUAUCAGUGGCUCAUGGAUGGACAUCUGCAACCAUCCACUUAUGGAGAUGGAAGUCUUGAGGGAAAUUAAAGAAGUAGCUACUUCAAUUAAACUGCAGCGCUUUGAAAUCCCGGUAAAAGUUCACCUGAGCCCAGAACCAUGGACUCCUGAAACCGGCUUGGUCACAGACGCGUUUAAACUGAAGAGGAAGGAGCUGAAGAACCACUAUCUCCACGACAUUGAGCGAAUGUAUGGUCGCAAAUAAUAAAAAAAAAAAACAGCCAAAUACUCUAAAUUCAUCAUCACUCUGGCGCCAUACGCCAUACAUGCUGCACAUGUAUACAUGUCUAGAAAAAUGAUUUUGCUGUAAUAAACACACAUCAUCGCUUAGUGUGGAACACACACACGUCCUGAUAAUCUCCUGUGCUGAUCCGUUUCCAACUUUAGUGCUCAUCAUACUGUGGAUAAUAUCAGCAGAUCUGUAAAAGUCUAUCCAGAGCUCUAGUCUCUCUGCUGUAGAAUAGUUCACCUAGCUGAAUGGCGUGAGACUCAGUUAAAGCGACAACAUUCCAGCUUGCACAAACAAAAAAUUCUUCAUUUUCACUUAAAACUCACUCGUGCAAGGUUACAUAUAUAUGUAUAGAUAUAGAUAAAAAAAAAUAUGAUCGCUUUUAAAACACCAUCACCUUCAGCUAUUUGUAUUUUUGUACAAUAUAAGUGAUCAGUUUGUAUUUUCAUCUUUCUAACACAAUCGUAUAAAGAAUUUGAAGGCGAAAAACCAGUCGUGGUUGACCAGAGACGAGGUUGUCGCCGUACGGACGGGCUGAGCUUCCUUUGGGAAGCCAACAGUGUACGGCGAGCUCAUUGUGCCUUCUGAACGGGAUUGUUUUUCAAUAGCAGCGAGCUUCUGUUAAUGAUCUACGCACAUCCACUGAGGACUGUAAUAUACUACUUGAAAGGAUUCACAUCGAUUAUCUUUCUUCACGUGUGACGUCCAGAUCUGUUAUGUUUUGUGUGGUGUGGUUUUUUAAUGUUAAUAUCAUGCUAAUUUAUUGAAUGACCUUGUACUUUUGGAAGGACUCAGGACUGAACGAUUGUAGCUGACAGUUAUGAAGGGAAACCGUUUUAACAUUUUUAGCAGACGUUUCUCCUGUAAACGCAACCAACACCGAAGCUGUGUUUAAUUCGUUCCCAGUGAUGUCUGUAGAAUACUGUUUAAUUACCAGUGUACUGACUUUAAGAGAUGAUAGAUCAUCUUUAGAUAUUUUCUUUUCCCGUAGUGAUGCGGUUGUUUGUUCUCCCAGUUUAGUAUGAACUGCCUAGUUUUUAUUUUUUGCACUAUAAUUUGAGUUGCUGCUUCUGAAAAUGCAGGAUUUCAUUUGAGGUUUAUUAUCCAGACACCAAUCUCCUUACCAAAUAUUUAAUUACUGUUUUGUUCACUUGCACUGUUUAUUUAAUUGAAGUGUGUUAAUUGUGUUAUUCCAUUAUUUAAGAAAAAACACCACUGUACCAAUGAAGACUGUUGUUUGAAGUAGAUUGGGUUUAUGUGUUUGCACUUCUGUAAGGAUAUGAUAUUUAAACAACAGCAACAAAAAGAACUCGUUUCCAGACGUCAUUUUGUUUUCCCAUCGAGCCUCAGGGUCCCAAAUGAAUUUGAACAUAAAGGACCAUUCCAAAUGUGAACAUUUAGAAGAUACCAUGCAUUCGCUUGAAUAUUUCAUGCCGCUCUUAUUUAUUAGAUUUUGUGAACCAUAUUCUAAAUGUAAUAUACAUUGUGAUAAUUAAAUUGUUUUCUACAGAGUA